CUUAUAGGCGAGGUGCACCUCCGGAGCAGCCGUUUCUCCACCGAGCCACCUGAGCUGGGACGGCAGCAGAGUCCCCUGAGCGAGAGGCACCCGCAGCGCCUGGGGGGCCCCACUACAGAAAAGAGCCACCGCUGCUUCGGGCUGCCCGGCUUUCCACCUUCGCAUUCAGAAACAGAAUAAGUCGAAAAAGCACGUUUCCUUCAGGGGAUGGCGAGACAGGGGAGCCGAGGGGGGCCGGUCGGGCCUGGACACGCUGCUGCCGCCGCCUCCAUGGCGCUGGGUCUCUUCCUCCUCACCUGGGCUGCCUCUGCCGAGGAGUACGACUACUACAGCUGGCAGUCGGACAACUUCCACACGGGCGGGCGCUUCUACGCGCGGAGGCCGCAGUGCGUGGACAUCCCGGCUGACCUGCGGCUCUGCCACGGUGUCGGCUACAAGCGCAUGAGGCUGCCCAACCUGCUGGAGCACGAGACCAUGCCAGAGGUGCAGCAGCAGGCGGGCAGCUGGGUGCCCCUGUUGGCCAAACGGUGCCACGGUGACACGCAGGUCUUCCUCUGCUCGCUCUUCGCGCCCAUCUGCCUGGACCGGCCCAUCUAUCCGUGCCGCUCGCUGUGCGAGGCCGUGAGGGACAGCUGCGCACCUGUCAUGGAGAGCUACGGCUUCCCCUGGCCCGACAUGCUCAGGUGCGACAAGUUCCCCAUUGACAACGACCUCUGCAUCCCCAUGCAGUUUGCAGGAAACCCGGCCACGCAGACACCAGUCUCCAAACCCUGUCCGCCGUGCGACAACGAGCUCAAGGCCGACGCCAUCAUGGAACAUUUCUGCGCCAGCGACUUCGCCCUGAAGAUGAAAAUCAAGGAGGUGAAGAAGGAGAAGGGUGACCGCAAACUCAUUGCGGCUCAGAAGAAGAAGAAGGUCCUGAAGACAGGUGCCCUGCGCAAGCGAGACCUGAAGAAGCUCGUCCUGUACAUCAAGAAUGGCGCCGAGUGCCCGUGCGCACAGCUCGACAACCUCGCGGGCAGCUACCUCAUCAUGGGUCGCCGAGUGGACCAGCAGCUGCUCCUCAUGGCCAUCCACAAGUGGGACAAGAGGAGCCGUGAGCUGCGCUUUGCUGUCAAGCAAAUGAAGUCACACCAGUGCCCCACCUACCACAGCGUCUUCCAGUGACCCUGCCUGUCCCCGGGGCCAUGCCCCAAAGGGCUCCGGAAUUUUCUCC